AUGGAGGAAUUGAUAGGGCUUCUCAAAAUCAGAGUGAAGAAAGGGAUCAAUCUCGCUCGUCGAGACUCUCUAAGCAGCGACCCUUUUGUCAUCAUAACCAUGGGUUCUCAGAAGCUGAAGACUCGAACCGUGGCAAAUGAAUGCAAUCCAGAGUGGAACGAGGAAAUGACACUUGCGAUCAAAGAUCCCAAUGAACCUGUGAAUCUAAUAGUGUAUGACAAAGAUACAUUCACAUCGCACGACAAGAUGGGAGAUGCGCAGAUCGAUAUCAAACCGUUCCUAGAGGUUCAUAAAUUGGGUUUGAAAGAACUUCCACAUGGAACUGAGAUCAAGAAAGUUUUGCCGACUAGAGACAACUGUUUGGCUGAAGAGAGCAGAAUCGUUUCCAAUAAUGGCAAGAUCUUCCAGGACAUGAUUCUUGUAUUGAGGAAUGUGGAAUGCGGCGAGGUCGAAAUUCAGCUUGAAUGGAUUGAAAUUCCAGGUGGUAGAGGACUCUGA